GCAGUGGCAGCGGAGGUGAAGGCGAGGAGAAGGAGGACAGCGACUUACCUCGGCAUGGAGGGAGCGACAGGCAGCCGCUGAACAAGCUGCACAUCCCCGCCGCUCGCAGCCUGGAGGUCACCUCUGUUUCCCCAAUGCAAAAUACUCAGGACCAACAUGAGCUACUGGGUCCAUCUCAGACUUCUCCUCUGGAAGAAUCUCACCUUCAGGAAACGACAAACUGUUCAGCUGGUUAUUGAGCUUUUAUGGCCCCUCUUUCUGUUCUUUAUAUUGAUCUCAGUCCGUCAGUCCCAUCCACCAUUUGAGCAACAUGAAUGCCAUUUUCCAAACAAGGCGCUGCCCUCAGCAGGAACACUGCCAUGGAUACAGGGAAUCAUCUGUAACAUUAAUAAUCCUUGCUUCCAGCACGCCACGCCAGGAGAAACUCCAGGGAUUGUAGGCAAUUUCAACCAGUCUAUUGUUUCUCGUUUGUUCUCGGAUGCUCAGAAGGUCCUGCAUCAUGCGAACCAGGACCACACCCUGCAAAGUUUCCAUCAACUCAUCAGUACGUUGCAAAAGCUGAAUGGAAACAGCCUUCCAAUGGCAGGUCUGCCAAUAAAGGAGUACCUUGUGAAGAAUCAGACCCUGUCCCGGUUCCUCCUCAACAAUGCGUCUCUUCCCAAAGAGGUGGUCAAUGACUUCAUGACGGCCAAGAUAAAUCCAGCGCAGCUAUCUCUAACUGAUCGAAGGUCAAGUUUAAAAGAGCUCGUUUGCAACGUAAAUGAUCACUCCAGUUUCCUAACUGUGAAGAACAAGAAGAUUUACAAACGCCUGCACGAGAAUCUGUGUGCCUUACCCGAGGAGACGCUGCUAAACGCAACAGCUAUCUUCUUCUCAGAGAUCAACUUCUCCAAGCUCCUAGUGGAGAGGGUCGCGUCCAACGCUGAGAAUAUACUUGAUGCAACUAAGGCGAUGAACAAUAUUCUACACCGAAUUGCAUCCCUUGUUCAACAGUUUUCCAACAUGACCAGUUUCUCCGAAUUCCGGGAUGAGGUUCGGUGGUUAACUAGCCCGAAUACAACUGGGUCGCCGAAGAUGAUGUUUCGGGCGAUAUCGAAGAUUGCCUGUGGGCACCCAGAGGGAGGGGGACUGCUCAUCCCUUCACUCAACUGGUACGAAGACGAUGGCUACAAGGCACUGUUUGGCAGGAACAGCACCAACGAUGGAAUGAUCACGUUUGACAAUUCAACCCCCCCGCACUGUAAAGACCUGAUCAAGACGCUCGAAUCGAACCCAAUCUCUCGGAUUAUGUGGAGAGGCAUCAAGCCACUCUUUGUGGGGAAGAUUCUCUACACUCCAGACACUCCAGCUACACUGAGGAUAAUGAAAGAGCUGAACAGGACAUUUGAAGACCUCAGUUUGUUGCGAGAAGUUAGGGGGGCGUGGAACGAAACUGGGCCGCAGAUUUGGAGGUUUAUGGAGAGCAGCCCGGAAAGCCAACUUCUGCGGGAAAUACUGAAGAACCCUGCACUCACUGCCCUCAUUGACAUCCAGCUCAAUUCCACCUCCUGGAGUACAACAAGUGUCGCUAGUUUCCUGUCCAACCAAGCUCCGGAGAGUGGCGAUUCUGUUUACACCUGGAAGCAGGCUUACAAAGAAGUGGAUCAGAUAGUCAACUCUUUGUCACAAGUCAUUGAGUGCAUCUCCUUGAACAAACUGGAAGCUGUCCCGACCGAGGAGAAGCUGGUGGAGCGGGCAUUGCAGCUUCUUGCAGAGCGACAGUUCUGGGCGGGCGUUGUCUUUGUGGACGGGGACGAGGCGGGCAGCGGGCUUCACGUUCAGCCCCACAUCAAGUACAAGAUCAGGAUGGACAUCGAUGACGUGACUCGGACCAAUAAAAUCAAGGACAGGUUUUGGGACCCAGGGCCGGCCGCAGAUCCAUUUGAUGACCUGCGCUACAUUUGGGGAGGAUUUGUCUACAUCCAGGACUUGGUCGAGCAGGCAAUUAUUCGAGUACACACUGGGACAGACAAGAAGACUGGGAUUUAUUUGCAGCAGAUGCCUUACCCAUGCUACGUAGAUGAUGUCUUCUUGCGAGUCCUGAACCGAUCGUUGCCCCUCUUCAUGACGUUGGCCUGGAUCUACUCGGUGGCGAUGAUAAUCAAGGGGAUGGUCCACGAGAAGGAGGCGCGGCUGAAGGAGACGAUGAAGAUGAUGGGGCUGACCAACGGGAUCUUGUGGAUCAGCUGGUUCAUCAGCAGCUUCAUCCCUUUCCUCAUCAGCUCCGCCUUUCUCAUUUUAAUCCUGAAGAAAGGUGGGAUUCUCCCGUACAGUGACCCUUCCGUGGUGUUUGUGUUCCUCGCCACCUUUGCCGUCGCCACCAUCAUGCAGUGCUUCCUGAUCAGCACCUUGUUCUCCGGAGCGAACCUGGCCGCGGCGUGCGGGGGGAUCAUCUACUUCUCCCUCUACCUUCCGUACGUCCUGUGUGUCGCCUGGAGGGACCACGUCACCUACCCGCUCCGAAUAUUCGCAAGCCUUUUGUCGCCAGUUGCAUUUGGUUUUGGAUGUGAAUAUUUUUCUCUCUACGAAGAACAAGGAAUUGGUAUACAGUGGUUUAACCUUGUUUCUAGCCCAGUGGAAGAUGAUGCUUACAAUUUCAUUACCUCUAUCAUCCUUAUGCUGUUUGACGCUGUCCUCUAUGGCGUUGCCACCUGGUACAUCGAAGCCGUGUUUCCAGGACAAUACGGAGUCCCCAAACCCUGGUAUUUCCCCAUCCUGCGCAGUUACUGGUGUGGAGAGCUCUACUCCGAUGAGAUUCCAUCGCAACAUACUGAUAAUGGAAACACCAAAAAAGUCCACCUGGAGAAGGAGCCAACUCACCUCACAUUGGGCGUGUCCAUCCAGAGUCUUGUGAAGGUUUACGGGAAAGGCAAGAAGGUGGCUGUUAAUGGACUCAGCCUUAAUUUCUAUGAAGGGCAAAUCACUUCAUUCCUUGGCCACAAUGGAGCUGGGAAAACAACUACCAUGUCCAUCCUGACUGGGUUGUUCCCACCCACCUCUGGGACAGCAUAUAUUCUGGGCAAAAAUAUCUUCACCGAGAUGGAUACCAUCCGAAAGUCCCUGGGGAUAUGUCCACAGCACAACGUGCUUUUUGACAUACUCACCGUGGAGGAGCACAUCUGGUUUUACGGGAGACUGAAGGGCCUGACGGAGGAAGAGGUGAAUGAAGAAGUAAAGCUGAUGAUCGCCGACGUGGGCUUGGAGCACAAACGGCAAGAACAAACCAAGAACCUCUCGGGCGGCAUGCAGCGGAAGCUAUCCGUCGCCAUCGCGUUUGUUGGCGGGUCUAAGGUUGUCAUUUUGGAUGAGCCGACCGCUGGCGUCGACCCGUAUUCACGGCGAGGAAUAUGGGAACUCUUGCUCAAGUACAGGAAAGGCCGCACCAUUAUAUUGUCUACCCAUUACAUGGAUGAAGCCGACCUCCUUGGGGACAGAAUUGCCAUAAUCUCCCAGGGAAAGCUAUGCUGUUGUGGAUCUUCGCUCUUCCUCAAAAACCAUUUGGGAACGGGCUAUUAUUUGACGUUGGUUAAAAAGGAACACGACAAGACUACACCAGCGAGCUCCAGUAGCACCACCAUCGGUAUGAGAAAGGAUGACAGUGAUUCUGAGAGAAGUUAUGAUACUGGGCUCGGCAGUGAACAAUACAGUGAAACAGGCGCUCUGGAUGUGUCGACUGUUUUAGCACUGGUGCAGAAAUAUGUCUCUGACACGAGGCUGGUGGAAGACUUUGGCCAUGAGAUGACCUACAUUUUGCCCUAUACCGGGGCAAAGGAUGGCGCCUUUGUGGAACUCUUCCAGGAACUGGACAACCGUCUCUGUGAGCUCGGAAUUUCCAGUUAUGGGAUCUCGGACACCACCCUGGAGGAGAUUUUUCUCAAAGUGGCUGAAGAUUCAGGAGUGGACAGUGAUGUUGCAGAUGGAAAUGUCCCGAUUAAAAGAGUCAGAUGUUCAAGGUCAAGUGAGCACACGCUUCAACCCGUGAGUGAAGAAGGUGACUUUGAGAUGCACGAUGUAGAACCGGUUAAAGGGAAAGUACGAACAAAAGAAUCCAGAGAAACGGACUUCAUGCACUGCGCGGACGGCCGAGGCUCGUACCAGCUGCGCGGCUGGGAGCUCACCCGCCAGCAGUUCCACUCUCUCUUCAUCAAACGCUUUAUCUACGCCCGACGCAGCCGCAGGGGACUCUUUGCGCAGAUUGUGCUGCCAGCUAUGUUUGUCUUCGUCGCACUUCUCUUUAGUCUGAUCGUGCCUCCGUUUGGGAAGUACCCGUCAUUAGAGCUGAAUCCCUGGAUGUAUGGGGAGCAGUUCACUUUCAUCAGUGACGAUCUGCCGGAGGAUUUCAACACUGGCGAGCUGAUGAACGCACUGCUUGGUGACCCUGGGUUUGGUACGACUUGUAUGGCAGAUGGUUUGAAUGUAGACCAGCAUUGCUCGCCAGGUAGUAACGAAUGGAUAACUCCCCCUGUCCCAGGAUCGAUCAUGAGCAUCUUUUUCAAUGGCAACUGGACAAUGCAGAACCCAUCGCCUACAUGUGAGUGUAGCUCGGAGCAGAGCAAGAGGAUGCUGCCUGAAUGUGGACAAGGCGCAGGAGGGCUCCCACCAUCCGAGUUGCAUCGUAAUACCGGAGACAUACUUCAGAACCUAACUGGCAGGAAUAUCUCUGACUACCUCGUGAAGACCUACCCCCAGAUCCUGAGUAAAAGCCUGAAAACCAAGAAGUGGGUGAAUGAAUUCAGGUACGGAGGAUUCUCCUUUGGAGCUCGGAGUUCUCAGAUUCUGCCUUCACUGAAUGAAGUUAACAGCUCCAUCAUCGAGAUCAGGGCACGACUCAACGUUACAAAGGGGAGCUCCACGGACCGCUUGCUGGGUAGCAUGACAAAGUUUAUUAAAGGACUAAGCACAAAAAACAAUGUCAAAGUGUGGUUCAACAAUAAAGGUUGGCACGCGAUGGUGAGCUUUGUGAAUGUCAUGAAUAACGCCGUGCUGAGAGCAAACCUUCCACCGGGAAAAGAUGCGAAAAUGUUUGGGAUCACAGCCUACAACCACCCCCUCAACCUCACCAAAGAACAGCUCUCCGAAGUUGCUUUGAUGGCCACCUCUGUUGAUGUGCUGGUCUCCAUCUGUGUUAUCUUCGCCAUGUCCUUUGUGCCGGCCAGCUUUGUGCUCUUCCUCAUCGAGGAGCGGGUCAGCAAGGCCAAACACCUGCAGUUUGUUAGCGGAGUGAAACCUGGUAUUUACUGGCUUGCCAACUUUGCCUGGGACAUGUGUAAUUACGCAGUUCCCGCUACAAUGGUCGUCAUUAUCUUCAUCUGCUUCCAACAAAAGUCCUACGUGUCUGCCUCCAACCUGCCCGCGCUCGUCCUCUUGCUCUUCCUCUACGGGUGGUCCAUCACCCCCCUCAUGUAUCCAGCCUCCUUUUUGUUCAGCAUCCCCAGCACAGCCUACGUGGUGUUGACCUGCGUUAACCUGUUCAUCGGCAUCAAUGGCAGCGUGGCCACUUUUGUCCUGGAGCUCUUCACAGACAAAAAAUUGAAUGAUGUCAAUCGAAUCCUGAAGAAAGUUUUCCUCAUUUUUCCGCAUUUCUGUCUGGGUCGAGGACUAAUCGACAUGGUGAAGAACCAAGCCAUGGCUGAUGCCUUGGAGAGGUUUGGAGAGAAGCAGUUUGUGUCUCCGCUGUGCUGGGACCUGGUGGGGAAGAACAUGUUUGCCAUGGCUGUCCAGGGGGCUGUCUUCUUUCUCUUCACCAUUCUGCUGCAGUACAAGUUCUUCGUCAAAAUGAGGCCGAUGGCAUUGAAGCUUCUCCCGUGGGAAACAGAAGAUGAAGAUGUCGCCAGAGAGAGGCAAAGGGUCUUGUGCGGUGGGACCGAGGGCGACAUUCUGGUUAUCAAAGAUCUCACCAAGGUUUACAGAAGGAAAAAGAAACCGGCCGUGGAUAGAUUGUGUGUGGCCAUUCCCCCAGGAGAGUGUUUUGGACUUCUGGGGAUUAACGGAGCUGGAAAAACAUCGACCUUCAAGAUGCUGACAGGAGACACUGAGGUCAGCAGUGGUGAGGCCUUCCUUGAUGGAUAUAGCAUCCUGUCCAACAUCCAGAACGUGCACCAGAACACCGGCUACUGCCCACAGUUUGACGCCAUCAACAAACUGUUGACCGGCCGAGAACACCUCGAGUUCUACUCCCAGCUGCGUGGGAUUCCCCAACACGAAAUUGCCAAGGUGACUGAAUGGGGCAUAAAGAAGUUGGGACUGUCCAGCUACGCGGAUCGACCUUCUGGCACCUACAGUGGGGGCAACAAGAGGAAGCUGUCCACUGCCAUCGCACUCAUCGGAUGCCCGCCCGUCGUCUUCCUGGACGAACCUACAACUGGAAUGGAUCCCAAGGCCAGGCGAUUCCUCUGGAACUGUAUCCUGAGUGUCAUCAAGGAAGGGCGAUCGGUGGUCUUGACUUCACACAGCAUGGAGGAAUGCGAGGCUCUGUGUACGCGGAUGGCCAUCAUGGUGAAUGGGCGUUUCCGCUGUCUGGGCAGCGUGCAACACCUGAAAAGCAGGUUUGGAGACGGCUACACCAUCAUUCUGAGGAGGCAUUGCUCUGCACUGGACGUGUCCCCUGUGGAGGAGUUCAUGACGAGUACGUUCCCAGGCUGUAUACUGAAGGAGAAGCACCACAGCAUGCUGCAGUAUCAGAUACCAGCCAGCUGCUGCUCCUUGGCCAAAAUCUUCAGCGCACUCACAAACAACAAAGAAAAGCUGAAGAUUGAAGACUAUUCCGUGUCGCAAACAACCUUGGAUCAAGUAUUUGUCAAUUUUGCCAAGGAUCAGAAUGAAGAGGAAUAUUUAAAGGACGUCGUAACACAUGGGUCACAAUACAAGGAAACAGUAAAGCGCAUCAGAACCUUCCUAGCAGAUGAGAAUGUGAGAGAGAGCUCCGUGUGAUCUGGGUGUGAAUUAAAUUGCUGAAACGCGUACAGGAGAAUCCAAAACGCCGCGAGUCGAGGGAUUGUGGCCGGACUGAGCAGUCAAUCACAGGGCAAACCUGUCCACUCCUCUGUAAGGACUCUGUUCACCGCGACCACCCAAUGCCCAGCAUCACCUCCUAUCAUUGCCUCCCCCCACCCCUUCACCCCCUCCGCUGACCGGUCCAGCCCACCCCAGCCCAACCCACCCCAGCAAACUCCACUCCACCCCACCUCACCACACC